AUGAAAAACGAUUUCAAGUUUAGCUCUAGCGGUAAUUACUACGCCCCACCGGCUGGAAGUCUAUCGAGCUUUAUGGAACAUAUUCAACAAAUGUCGCUUGUGGAUGAGCCUGAGGUAUUUGGUAUGCACACCAAUGCAAAUCUUCGAUAUCAGCUGCAGGUCUCUCAGUAUCUGUUGAGCACCGUCGUUUCCACCCAGCCACGUAUUGGAAGUGGGGGUGGUGGCAGCACCGGGGCUGAGGGUGGCGCGGCCACCACGCCUGAAGAAGAAGUAAAGCGAAAAUGUGAGGAGUUUGAGGCCUCACUCCCGGAAGUCCUUUUACGUGAAGAGGCCGGGCCAAAAAGUUUCACGACGUUAGAGAGUGGUCUUCCUAACUCCAUGUCUACUGUGUUGGCCCACGAGAUGGUGAAGUACAACAAAUUAAUUACAGCUAUGCGCAAAUCAAUUCAUGACCUUCAAAAGGCUUUAAGAGGCCUUACGUUACUUUCCGCGGAUCUUGAUGCGAUGUAUGAGUCCUUCUUGACAGACCAAGUCCCUCGCCUCUGGAGCGCGGUGGGAUAUACUUCCUUGAAGCCGUUGGGCUCGUGGUACCGUGACUUUUUGCAGCGGGUGCAGUUUAUUCGCACGUGGGUGCAGAACGGAGAGCCCGCCUGUUUCUGGAUUGGAGGUUUUUUCAAUCCGAGUGCCUUUAUGACCGGUGUGUUUCAGGCCUUUUCGCGUGCGGAGGGAGUUUCCGUUGACAAGUUGGGUUUCAGUUUCCAGGUGAUGGACGAGGAGGUGGCGAGGAUUGAGGCGGGACCGGAGCGCGGCUGCUACGUGUACGGCAUCUUUACCGACUCAUGGCGAUGGGACGGGACGCGCGGCGUCAUGGCGGACUCACUACCCGGCGAGCCAUACGCUUCACUACCGGUGGUUCACUUUUUGCCAGAGCCGCACCACAAGAUGGGCCCCGGGUGGCACUGUGUGCCUUUGUACCGGACUGUGGUGCGGGCGGGUGUCAUCUCUUCCCUGGGUGCCAGCUCCAACUACGUGCUGUCCAUCGAGGUGCCGACAGACAAGGAGUCAGACUACUGGCAGCUGAUGGGUGCUGCCUGCGUCUGCGCACUCGCCAUAUAG